GAACACAUGUACACACCCACUCUCCCUGCCAGAGACAGAGGACAGUGCAUGGAGUUGCAGCUGCACAAAUAGACUGGAUCUCUAGAAGAGACAGAAACUUGGGCACCGUCCGCAGUCACAGAUUCCGCGGGGACGUUGAUUAUCAGGAUUCCAAGAUGAACUCGUUUUCAGCCAAAAUACAGUCCAAGAUGGAGCUGGCCAGGAGAAUGAAAGAUGAGGAUAAACUGUACAGGUACAACGGAGUUCUUUACCCGGUCGUCAUGAGCCCUGAGGAGAAUCUGAAGGCACUGGAAGACCUGGACGCCCGUCCAGAUGAUAUCAUGUUAGUUGCUUAUCCUAAAUGUGGGUUCAACUGGAUGGUUGCUGUGCUACGGAAGAUCCUCACAGCUGGAACUGGGCAGAAAGCAGAGUCAAGGAUACCUCCACUUAUUGAGUUCUAUGGACCGGAAAUGAUUGAGCCCCUUGCCCAGGCGCCGUCGCCGCGGUUUCUCGGAACCCAUAUGCACCCCGACAACAUUCCAACGUCGUUCAGUGUGAAUAAAACAAAGAUGCUGGUGAUUUUCCGAAACCCCAAAGACACUGUAGUUUCAUUUUAUCAUUUCUCCAACAAGAAUCCUGUUCUGCCGUCUGCAGAGUCAUGGGACCGUUUCUUCUCAGAUUUUAUGACUGGUGAAGUUCCAUGGGGCUCAUAUUUUGAUCAUGCUUUGGCCUGGGAGAAGCGGCUGAAUGAUCCAAAUGUCAUGAUUGUCACUUAUGAAGAGUUGAAGCAGGAUCUGAGUGGAGGAGUUCGACGAGUCUCUGAAUUCUUUGGCUUUAGCCUGGAUGCUAACACCAUUGACACAAUAGCAGAGGAGAGCACGUUCAGAGCCAUGAAGGAGAGUUCGAGAGAUUCUCACGGACAGAUGGGCAAUGUUUUUUUCAGGAAAGGAGAGGUUGGAGACUGGAAAAACCAUUUCAGCCAUGCCCAAAGUGAACAAAUGGACACUGUAUUUGAGAGCCAUCUCGGUGGAACGAAACUGGGGGCCCAGCUAAAUUAUGAGGUGCAUUGCAAAUGGUAAACAAUGAAGAGAGUGCCACUGAGCAUCAGUACUACCACUCAUCAACAACAACAUCAACAACAACAACAUCAACAACAACCCAGGGGAAUGGUGAUGGCAUGGCAACGGCUCUAUCAAUAGGCCUACAGGAAAGUUAAGACACUGCGUUUGCCUUUGUGCCUGUAAUAUGAACAGCAUCACAGCACUUGAAUAUUCAUACUAGAGGCAUUUCUUAAGAUGUGACUUCAGAAGUGAACAUAUCUAUGAGUAAGAACCAACCUAUAUAUUUUUAUUGUCCUGUUUUUUUUUGUUUCUGUUUUUUUUUACACAGAGAGUAGACGUUUGUUUUGUAUCUUUAUAACAUGAUUUGUACAUUAAAUAGACAUAAUCAAUUGCA